AUGGAACCGAAGCCUUCUAGCCCCGAGGUUGAGAGGGUCGAGCACCCUGUUCCAAUAGCAGUCAGUGCACGGCCAGGUGAAGAGCUGGGUGAGGGCAAGUUGAACUCGUUUGUCAUUGCCUUGGCGACCUUUGCCGCGCUUGGCAAUCUUCUAUACGGGUACAAUCAAGGUGUUAUGGCAGUGAUCCUAGAAAUGCCACAAUUCCUAGACGCCUUUCCCGAGAUCAACGCCGACAAGUCGGCCCGUGCUGGCUUCUUAAAAGGUCUAAUGACAGCCAUGGUAGAGCUCGGUGCUAUGAUAGGCUCACUGUCAUGCGGAUAUCUCGCCGAUAGAUACUCCCGGAAGCGUACCAUUUUCUUUGGUAGUGUUGGGUUCAUGGCUGGUCUGAUUCUUCAAGUUGCAUCGCAAGACUAUCCCAUGCUUGUUGUUGGCCGUCUCAUCUCGGGAUGGGGAAUCGGCGUCUUCUCCAUGAUUGCACCACUGUACGUUUCAGAACUCGCCCCAACCAAGUGGCGUGGUGCUCUUUUGGCUAUGGCUGGAUGGAGUAUUCUCGUUGGAACAUCUAUCUCCUUUUGGAUCACAUAUGGCACCAGAUUUAUCAGCUCAACGUGGUGUUUCCGCCUCCCAUUCGCUCUACAGUUCGUUCCGGCGAUCGGGCUAGCGGCGGGGGCCUUCUUGCUUCCCUUUUCCCCACGUUGGCUGGCGGCGCAGGAUCGCCAGGGCGAAGGUCUCGCUGUACUUUGUCGGCUGAGAGGAUGCAACGCCCAGGAGCCCGACGAACAGACAGUCGCGGAGUGGACCGAAAUCCUAAUUGCCGUCCAACUCGAUCGAUCAGCACUCACAGAGACGCACGGCGACGUAAGUCCUGGGACCCUCCAGUGGGAGUUCCUGCGCUGGAGAGAUUUGUUCUCUACCAAGGCCAUGCUACGUCGCUUUGCCGUCGCGUGUGGUCUAUUCUGGUUCCAGCAACUUGGAGGUAUCGACGCGAUUCUGUACUAUGGGCCGGCUUUCUUCAACAGCCUGAACUAUGACAAAGUGCAACAAUUGAACUGGUCCGGUGUUGUGAACUGCAUGAAUCUCGCGGGAGGAACCACAACCCUUUUUACGACGGAUCGAUUGGGACGAAAAAAGCUGUUGAUCGCUGGUGCUGUUAUUAUUACCUCCUGCCAUGCCAUCCUUGCCGGACUGAUUGGAACUUACCAGAAAGACUGGGCAACGCACCAUGGCGCAGCCAAGGCUGGCGUGGCGAUGCUUGUGAUCUUUAUGUUCUUCCAAGGAGCCACCUUUGGACCGACUCCUGCUGUUGUCUGUAACGAGAUCUUCCCGUAUCGCCAUAGAGCGCGGGGUGUUGCUUUUGGCAUCGCAAACGAAUGGCUCGCCAACUUCACUGUUGGACUGAUUUCCCCAGCAUUGCUUGACAAGUCCGCUUGGGCUACGUUUGUCUUCUUCGGGGGCUGCACCUUUCUCUCAUUCUUCUUUGUGGUGUUCUACGUCCCUGAGACCAAAGGCAUCUUACUGGAAACAAUGGAUGUGAUUUUCAAGGAUCGCGCGGGUGAUGAGGAUGCCAAAAUGCGGGCUGCCAUCGAAUCCGAGGUUCGCUCGAGCGCCGCUGUUGCAACAGAACUCCACUAG